AUGACUACACAUUUAGACUAAACACGAAACUUCGCUUUUGGCUGUUUCUGUUUUGCUUCUUCAGAUAUAGGCAAUAUGUUAUACGUUUGCCACAAGUGAUCAGAUCGGGUACAAAUUCCAAAUAAUGCCAACAAGAAAAAUAGUGAUUAAUAGUGUUCUAGAUAUACGUUGAAACGUUCAAAGGUUUUAUAUAAAAUAUAUUUUUAUACCGAAAUAUCAAGUGCCUUUUAUUAUUCAAGAAACUCGAAUAUGUUAAGAAUACUUAAUAAUAGUAUUAAACAAAAAACAGAAUACUAUAUUAUCCCAAGAUUUUUAUCUACUUCUGCAAUACAAAAGUACUGUACCCAAAAUGUUGAAAAAACCGCUCCAAGGAAUAAUGAAAAUAGUUCUUUUGUUAUGAAUAUAUUUCGAGGACAAAUAGAACCCAAGCAAAUAUUUCCUUAUCCCAAUGUUUUGAAUGAAGAACAAAGGGAAACCCUACAAAUGUUAGUUGAUCCAACAAUCAAGUUUUUUGAGGAAGUCAAUGAUGCCGCUAAAAAUGAUUUGGAAGAAAAAGUAGAUGAAACAUCUCUUAAAGGUCUCUGGGAUAUGGGGGCAUUUGCUCUUCAAGUACCUCAAGAAAUGGGAGGUCUUGGGCUGACCAACACACAAUAUGCAAGACUUGUAGAAAUUGUUGGAGGGAGUGAUCUAGGUGUCGGCAUUACUCUUGGUGCUCAUCAGUCUAUUGGUUUUAAAGGAAUACUGCUUUUUGGAACAGCAGAACAAAAAGCUAAGUAUUUACCGAGAGUUUCAACAGGGGGUGAAUUUGCUGCAUUUUGUUUGACAGAACCUUCCUCCGGAUCUGAUGCUGGUUCAAUAAAAACAAGAGCAGAAUUAUCUUCAGAUGGUAAGCAUUAUAUCCUCAAUGGUUCAAAAAUUUGGAUAAGUAAUGGUGGACUUGCUGAGAUAAUGACUGUCUUUGCCCAAACACCUGUCCUAGAUAAAAAGACUGGAAAAUUUGUUGAUAAAGUUACUGCUUUCAUUGUUGAACGAUCAUUUGGUGGUGUUACAAAUGGAGCCCCAGAAAAGAAAAUGGGAAUAAAAUGUUCGAAUACUGCAGAGGUUUAUUAUGAUAAUGUCAAAGUUCCUGCCGAGAAUCUUUUGGGUGGAUUGGGAAAUGGUUUCAAAGUUGCUAUGAACAUUUUAAACAAUGGUCGUUUUGGUAUGGCAGCUGCUUUGUCAGGGACCAUGAAGGCAUGUAUAAAAAAAGCAGUUGAUUUUGCAACUCAGAGGAAGCAAUUUGGCCAAAGAAUCGACAGUUUUGGUUCUAUUCAAGAGAAAUUAGCUCGCAUGUCUAUGCUUCAUUAUGUAACAGAGUCUAUGGCUUAUAUGAUAUCUGCAAAUAUGGAUAGUGGUUUUAAGGAUUAUCAACUAGAGGCUGCAAUAUCUAAGUGCUUCGCGUCAGAAGCCGCAUGGUAUGUUUGUGAUGAAGCCAUUCAAAUUCUUGGAGGUAUGGGAUACAUGAAAGAAACUGGAUUAGAAAAGGUUAUGAGAGAUUUAAGAAUAUUCAGAAUAUUUGAAGGAACUAACGAUAUUUUGAGAUUAUUUGUUGCAUUAACUGGAAUUCAGUAUGCUGGAGCACAUUUAAAAGAAUUACAAAAUGCUUUUAAAAAUCCUACUGCUAAUUUAGGUCUCAUUUUUGAAGAAGCUUCCAAGAGAGUAGGCAGAAAAGUUGGGUUGAACUCUCCUCCAGCUAUGAAUCAUCUUGUACAUAAGGAUUUGGUUCCUUAUGCUAAUUUGGUUGCAAAGAACAUAGAUACCUUUAACCAAGCUGUUGAAAUGGUUCUUAUAAAAUAUGGAAAAGGGAUUGUUAACGAACAGUUUAUAUUAAAUCGUUUUGCCAAUGCUACUUUCGAUAUUUACAGUAGUGCUGUUGUACUUUCAAGAGCUAGUAGCUCACUUCAGGAUAAUCUAGAGUCAGCAAAUCAUGAAAAAUUGAUGGCAGAAACAUGGGUACUUGAAGCUUCAGAAAGAGUGAAGAACAAUCUAGAUACCAUAUCAUCCGGUAAACAUUUGGACAACUUUGCAAAAAUGAUCACCAUUUCAAAGAACAUUUGCACAGCAGGAGGAAUUGCACAUAAGAAUCCCUUGAAACUGUAGUAAACUAUUACUAAUUCACAAUAAUUUAUUAUUGGCGAUCGUGGGUACUUGCAUAUAUGUUUUUUAUAAAAGAAUAUUUUCAUGUAUUGGUAUCAUGCCUAAUAUAUAGAAAUCUGAUCUGAUCAAAUAAUGACUGAAAACGUUCUUUGUGAUCAGCCUUUGUUUUUUAUUAUUUUUAUUUAAUAAAUAAUUCUACAGACUAUAUUAUUCUGUAAAUCUCAGCCAUUUAUGGAAAAGCAUGGCCGCAUUGUUUAGGUGUAAUUUAAAAGAAUUGUAGUUUUAAUCUUCAUUAAAUCGUUUGUACGAUACAGAGAGACCAAAAAUUAUGUUCUAUUGAUCUCUUGUUCAACCAAUUUGAUUUUUGAACCCCUUUUUUCUCUACCUUGCAAACACAUCUUUAUAAAGUCAUUGUAAAUAAAUGCUUAUGAUUUAACUUUGAUAGAAAUUUGAAUAUGUAAUGGAAUCAGAAACAUUAGAACCUCCACUGAUCUUAGGAAAAUGUUUUUUCACUGCUAAAAAGAUUUAACAGUUUAUACUAACAUUAAGUAUAUUAGGUACCAGAAGUAUGUGCUGCGCUAGUAAACGCAAUUAAAGACCAAAUUAAGGUAAGUAAACUUUAUUAUAUUUUUUUUAUUGAUAAAUUUGCCUUGUUUUACAUUGAUAGUUUUGAUAUACCUUGUAUAUGUUGGUCGGCCGACCUGUUAUUGGCGUUCACAUCUCCAGUCAUAAAAACUGACGAACCUUGACCGGUCAUUUACCUUGGAACUUGACUGGUUAUUGACCUAUUACCUGUAGUUGACUAUUCACUGAUCAUUGUCAUUUGGGCUUUGCCCUUUGAACUUGACUGGCCUUGUUAUCCCGUGAGUAAUGCCUUUCUGAUAUCGAUAUAUUUGUGAUAUGCCCUAUAUAAUAUGUUGGUUGACCGGUUAUGCAUUUUAACAGUUUUUCUAUACACUAUAUAAUAUUUUGGUUGACUGGUUAUUGGCAAUCACAUUCUCAGAUAUAUAAAGCUCGACAUACCUUAAUCAGCCAUUGGCACUAACAAUUCCAGACAAAAUUAUAAGUCUUAACUUGACUUUUGACUGGUCACGGAUCUUUGACCUUGGCCACCUCCUCCUUAUAUAUUCCCUAUUUUUAUUCAUUGAAUGGUUUUUUUCGUUAUACAAAAAAAAAAACAACUUUGCGCGAAAGGAAAUUCAAACAUAUGAUCUACCUCAUAAACUGGCCUGGAAGCAUAUGAUCUAAGGUCCAAUAAGGAAGUGAACUCGAACCCAUUUCGUCUACGUCUAGAUACGCCACUGGGUAUAACCAUCGAAUUAUAAAUAUAAUAUAAAUCAACGCUUCAUACCAUAAGAUACAAUAAAUAGUUUUGUCCUUUCUUCCUAUCAUGAAAGAGGGUAGUGAUGAAAUAACAUAAUGAUAAAUUAAUUCCAACGGCAAUAUAGGAUUUAUUAUUAUAAAGUAAAUCAUAACUAAAAACAAAAAA